CUGAGGCCGACUGCCAUCAUGUAUCAUGAGAGCUCUGCUCGAGCACUAUUGAUUUACGGCAAGCUGGCAGGUGCCUUGGUCGUGCCGUAAUCUUCGCCGUUUGCGCGGGGGUAGCAGGAAUUGCCGUUUACUACUACAUACUAUCAAUUUACUGUCCGAGUCCUCCACUGGGAUCCAUGCUAGCGGUCAGCACUGCAGGAGGAUUUCAGAUACCAAUCAGUCACAGCCUUCAAGAUAGGCACUGACAUGCCACUAAUUGACAGGCAGACAUGCCUAGCCAAGGACCCGUACGUUAUAUUCAGCGUGGGUGCCUUGAUGUACCUUGCAUCAUGUUCAUGAUAUAGUACAAUGAAUUUGUUGUCUGCGGUUUUAAUCGCUCCCCACUAAUGAGUUUUUACAAUGGUGUCGUGCCCGCAGACGGCCCUUCUGCACAGACUGGCAUAAAUUGGUUACCCCACCAACAGACUCAGACAACUCCCCAGCCUCUAACUACUGCCAGGGCUACGUCUAAUUCCAUCAAUCAUGUAGCACCAGUCACUCCUGCGCAAGCAUAUGCGCGGUCUGUUGUCUCUGGACAACAUGUUCUACAAUACACCAUCGAGCGCCAACAGCUAGAGAAACCAUCUGGUCGACAACCGGAGCCAAAUUUGCAGUCUCCAAUCGGUGUUUCCGCGUCUACACGCGGUCAAUCAUAUGCCCAGCGCCUGUAUGCUAGUUCGUUAAGCAAGCAGCCCCAAGUCCAGAUCCAGCAGCAGCCCACAAGCAGGCAGCCUUCCUCUUCUGGACCGGGAGGAUCUUCAAGCAACCGAGUUCCGGCUGGCCCACGAGCUCCUUAUAGUGCCAGAGCAUCUCUCAUGUUAAACACGGCUCACACAAACGCUCCUCAAACUGUUUCCGCUGUGGAUUUCUACCAUAGCAGUGUCUCAAACAUUGAUCUUCAGUCACCGGUACCUGAUCGAGGCACCAAUUCUCCAAGAGCUCGGCGCCCUCAGUCAGCUACAGGUUCCGCUUCAGGCAUCUCUGUGGCCCAUUCCUUAUUUCCAAUUCAAGCACCCCACGGCCUGCAAGUACCCAAUAGGCAUAGCCCAGUUCCAGUGGAAUUAUCCGAUGGGCCUCCGCCAUCGCCUGCUGGCGACCCCCGACGGUCAAGUCAGGCGGGGUUGCUUUGUAGGAGCCCACACAGUACAACGCAUGUGAUACCAGGCAGCCCGGCAUUAUCAGACAUCCAUCUACAGCCCGAGAGCGUGAACAAUGUUAUAGCUCCACCGGAGACACCUCCAAGGGAGUUUAGCCCAUACUCGGAGGAUUAUUCAGGAGGUCCAGCUCAUGUGGCUGCAAUCACUUCUGACCCCGAGUCUGUGAUUCAACCUAGUGAUUCCUUGCCUGCACCUAUACAGACUGAGAGUCUUGAUGUCGGCGCCUCCGAGGAAGUACCAACAUAUUCCCUCGUUGACGAAGAACCUCCUCCCCCAGACUUCGACGAGUCGCAAUCCAUGUGCAGGGCGAGCACGUAUCACGCUGAAUCACCCAUAGUGCUAGCACCUCCUGAUUUACCCUCGCCCACACCGCACGAAUCCGAUGCUGUAUUUGAGGCCGUACCUUCAGCAGGUGCAGAUACUCCCUCAUUCGCUGAGACCACUUGCACACUUUCUCCUGAACCUCUUUCGGGAUCUCCGCGAACAUCGCUGGCUAUGCCAGAAGUAGCGUCAUUCCCCAUGGAGAAAGCGCCCGAGAAUGUCAUGGACAAAUCGUAUGGUUACUCUGCAGAGGAUUCGAUACUUAAGUUCUCUGAGAAGUCAUCAUCGUACCCAUCCAUGGAAGCUUCAUCGUCAUCUCGAACACUAUCCGAGCAGGUGCCUUCAUACAGGCAACCUAGGUAUAGCACUACUCCUCGGGACAUACCGCAUCUUCCUAUUUCCUCGGCGGCCUCCCCACGCAAUGAUACCUCUGCGAAGACUUUUUCUACAGCACCACCGCCCGCUCUUCAACCGAGGGGACCUGUAGUUUCUAUACCAGCACCUACCACAGCUUCCGUACCUCCACUCACGAUACCUGCACCUCCUCCAUUAAACCAAAAGGCGUCUGCUGCGAAGGUUGAAGUUCGACCAGGGACUUCCUUGCCUCGACCCGGUAGCAGCCACCAACCAUCUAGCCCAACUCUUCUUCCAAGAGUCAGGGCAGGGCUGACAUUCCCUCCUUCAUCAACGGGUACCCCACCUUUUAUUGCCGCUUCUGCCGGAACGACCUCGCAGAUGUAUUAUACAGUUUCUCCUUCGCCUCUUCCUUCGCCUCCCCUCUCCCGGCGUUCUCUGGGCCCAUCAGUAGAUUCAGUACUCUCCGCGUCAUCAAUUGGUAGUCGUCCUACAGAGUUCAGACCCCAGCUAUCUCCGAAUGUAUCCCCUACACUACAAGGACAGGCUCCUUACCAGUCAUCGCAUCAAAGCUUUCAGCCUCCCGCAGAGUUCAGACCCCAGCUAUCUCUGAAUGUGUCCCCUACACUGCAAGGACAGGCUCCUUACCAGUCAUUGCGUCAAAGCUUCCAGCCUCCCGCGGAGUUCAGACCCCAGUUAUCUCCGGCUAUAUCCCCUACACCACAAGGAUACGCACAGGCUCCUUACCAGUCACCGGAUCAAAACUUUCAAUCACAGGCCUUGCCGCCGCCACCGCCACCGCAACAUGCAAGUGCACAAACUUCACCCGCUCAACCGGUUCAAUCUAGCAAGGGACUUGAUAAAAAUGUUGCGGCAGGUCUAGCAGGAGGCGCAGUUCUUGGUCUGCUUGGCGGGGCUGUGCUCGCUGAGACACUUGGCGGUGGUGAUAUUAUUGAUGAUAUCACUGGAGGUAUGAAUGGGAUGACGUUUGGAAACCCCGUAGAUGGUCUGUUCGACUCCAAUAUGGGCACUGGUGAUAUCUUAGGGAGCGGAUUCGACCCUACGGCGAACUUUCAAGGAGGCCAGAUGUUCGCCGGGAACUCCUCUGGCCAAAUAUUCGACACGUUUAAUCAGACCACGGGGAAUGGAGUAGACCUCAGCCAGUUUCAAGGACAGUCACCACAACAGCCGAAUGUCCAGAGCAAUCAAAGCAGCGGCACGCACUAUCUGCAUGAUGCAGGACAGCUCAUGCAAGCCGCUUACAAGAUGUAUAAAACCUCGCACCAGACUGAUACAGCUCAGGGUCCUCAAGGUUCGCAGACAACGGCUCCGCUGCAACAAACCCUGCCGUCCACGGUGUCCGGCAUACCAAGUGCUGGUUGCCUUCCUAAUUCGCCACCGUUAGGAUACGCACAGACAAGCUACCCUAGCCAGACUCAGCAAAUCGGACAGUCCAUGCACCCCAUGGCAUCUCAAACCGCUCAACCACCGUUCUCACAACAUUACCCCUCUGUGAACCCUGCUUCUCAACAGGGCACACAUCCACUUUCUCACCUUCACGCGUCCCCACAAAGCUCUCACACAUCUCACGCCCAGAGCCCGCAUAUAAAUCAUGUUGCUUACCCCUCCUUCGGGACCGCCACUCAUAUCAUGUCUUCGCAGGGUCCACCAAUAUCAGCCCAGUAUGCUGUGAACCACGGUGACGGCACCGCCCCUCACCAUGCUUAUUCGCCCCAAUCCCAGGCGGGAUACUCCGUCCAUCCUGCACAAUAUCAUGCUCAGGGAAACUCGCAACAGAGUCCCACCGGUCAACAGCCUCCAAGUGCUGGUGCCGGUAUAGACAAGACUGUGCUCGCAAAGCAAUUUGUCAAGGGCGCGUUGAUGGCUGGUGGUGUUCUCGCAAAAUAUAACCGUCUGAGUGGAGGUAAUGGAUUUGUAGGGAAUGAGAAUGGGGGCUUCUUUUAAUUGCUAGCCCUUUAAUUAUCAAUCGCGUGCUAGGCACAUGCGAAUUCUAUGUUCGAGUUGAUUGUUGUAUGGUACCCCGACUCCCGCGUUGGUGGAGGAGGGUCUUUGUCGAAUGGAUACGAUGAUCUAUUAUUUGCCAGUUUACUUAUUUCACACAGACUCCCCUUCGGUCGGCUCCAUGACAAUAUAUCGUGUUUACAGUAGCAA